CGGGUUUUUUAGUUUCUUCUUUACUCAAUUCAAAUAACUUCCUGUCUUGUUUCUUGUCCCUUAACCCUGCUCCCUAAAGUUUCAGCCAUGGCGACAAUGCUGAUAUCUGUGUUAAAUCUCACGCUUUCCGCUCUCCUCCUCUUCCACAUUUCAGUUGAGGUGUCGGCGACAACAUUAACACUCUACAACAAGUGUCAGCACCCAGUCUGGCCCGGGAUCCAACCUAGCGCCGGAAAACCACUUCUAGCACGCGGCGGCUUCAAGCUUCCCCCGAACAAGGCCUACUCCAUGAAUCUACCUCCUCUCUGGUCAGGUCGCUUCUGGGGCCGCCACGGAUGCUCCUUCGACGCCACCGGACGCGGGAGUUGCGCCACCGGGGACUGUGGCGGCUCAUUGUACUGCAACGGCCUAGGCGGGACUCCUCCGGCAACUCUGGCCGAAAUCACCCUCGGGAUGCAACAAGAUUUUUACGACGUCAGCCUGGUGGACGGCUACAACAUAGCCAUGUCGAUAACUCCUUCCAAAGGCACCGGCAAAUGCAGCUACGCGGGGUGCGUCAGCGACUUGAACUUGAUGUGCCCGAUGGCUUUACAAGUGAGGGGGAGGGAUAACAAGCGAGUGGUGGCUUGCAAGAGCGCUUGCUUCGCUUUCAAUUCUCCCAGGUAUUGCUGCACCGGAAGCUUUGGGAGCCCCCAGUCUUGCAAGCCGACCGUGUAUUCCAGGAUUUUCAAGACUGCUUGCCCCAAAGCUUAUUCUUAUGCUUACGAUGAUCCCACCAGCAUUGCUACUUGCUCACGGGGCAACUAUUUGGUCACUUUCUGCCCUCACCGUCGCUAGAGUUGUAGUCUAAUCACCAUAAAAUUCGGUUGUUAUUCUGCUUCGUGUAUUGUUCUCUAGUGGACCUAUUAUCAUAUCGUGUGGUGAAAAUCUU